CAUGACCAGAAUACAUGUUGCAUUCUGUUCCGACGUAACGCCCAGUUACAUUAUAAACAUCCGAAACGCUGUUGCCGUUUGUCACGUCACAAAAUGAUUGUUACUAUACUUUUGUUAUUUAUUAUUACAGUAAUUAUUGUGUUUGUUUUUUAUUAUUACGUACGUCAUUCAAGGACUGGACGAUUAAUCAAUCAAAUACCAGGACCGAAGGCCACUCUGAUUUGUGGCAAUGCAUUCGGCAUACCAACAUCAUCAGAGAAAAUAUGGUUGUAUUUGCGUGCCAAAGCAGAGAAAUAUUAUCCCAUUUACAAGUUAUGGUUUUUUUCUGAGGCCUUUGUAUCUAUCCGUCAUCCAAAUGAUCUCGAGGCAAUAUUAAACAAUACGAAGCAUAUCGAUAAAAGCUUAGUGUACAAUAUCUUGCAUCCUUGGUUAAAAAGCGGACUUCUUACUAGCACAGGUGUCAAGUGGCAUUCACGGCGAAAGAUACUAACGCCCGCAUUCCAUUUUAAUAUACUGCGACAGUUUACCGAUAUUUUAUUGGAGGAAAGUGAACGCAUGACACACGAAUUGAAGAACAUCGGCGGGACGGUUGAAAUAGAUGUAUUACCAUUUGUUUCUGAACACACGCUAAACGCAAUUUGCGAAACUGCCAUGGGUACCUCCUUGCACAGUCUCGGUGAAGCUCAAAAAAAAUAUCGACAGGAGGUUCGUCAAAUGGGUCAAAUUUGUGUUUAUAGAUUAGUAAGACCCUGGUUGUUUCACGACCUGAUAUUUGCGUUGACUUCUGCGAGCAAAUUGCAAAAGAAGACACUACAAAACUUACAUGGAUUCACUGAAAAUAUCAUAGCGGAAAGAAAACUUUAUCACGAACAUACGAACAAUAAAUAUUUGCAUAGUUUCGCAAAUGAUGAUGCGAUAGAAACAGAUGACGUAGAAAUACAUGGAUUUCGAAAAAAGCGACUUGCUAUGCUGGAUCUUUUAAUAGCAGUUUCGAAGGAAAAUCAUUUGAGUGAUUUAGAUAUUAGAGAGGAAGUGGAUACCUUCAUGUUCAAAGGUCAUGAUACGACAGCAAUGGCUAUAUGUUUCACUUUGUUACUGUUAGCUGAGCACAAGGAUGUGCAGGAUCGUGUCAGAGAAGAGGUCAACACAGUAAUGGAACAGUCUGAGGAGAAAUUGACUAUGACGUCCUUGCAGAAUCUAUCGUAUUUAGAAAGAUGUUUGAAAGAAUCGUUGCGGCUCUACCCAAGCGUACAUUUUAUAUCACGAGUCACUGCGGAAGAUGUGCCAUUAAACUCUUCAUAUAUAGCACCCGCCGGAACAAUUAUACAUCUCAAUAUCUAUGACGUUCAUAGAGAUCCCAAUUUCUGGCCGAAUCCCAGUGUAUUCGAUCCUGACAGAUUUUUGCCUGAAAAAAUACAUAGUCGUCAUCCUUACUCGUACUUGCCGUUCAGCGCAGGACCACGGAAUUGUAUUGGUCAAAGAUUCGCUAUGUUGGAAAUGAAAGCCAUGAUAGCUACUCUUGUGCGCAAUUUCUACGUAGAACCUAUCGAUUAUUUAAAAGACAUGGAGAUAAUUAGUGAUUUAGUACUUCGACCUAACCACCCACUGAAUGUAAGAUUUGUUCCAAUAGAAGUCGUUUGAAGCACGUGCGGGUUCUAUGAGUGUAGGAAGCGAAUCCAAAUACAUCGCAAAAAUUAAAUUGUCGAUUUAAUAAUUAUACACAUACAAGCAUGUUUAUGCCAAUUUAAUAUUACGAUUUUAUAUACAUAUAAAUGUUAUAUUUUAUAUACAUAUAUAUGUAGGUAUAAAUAAAUUGUAUCUGUACGGGUUAACUUGAAUUUUAAAAAUAAAUUUUUUAGUGACUCUA